GUGAAGUCUAAACUGAUGUCUGCCUUAUUCUGCCGUCUGUUGAACUCGUGCAACAUGUAACAGUUUUCUGUUUCUGCUUCAUGAUACAAUCAUAUCCUCAGUGUCAAUAAUAAUUUGAGAGAACAGUUUAGAAAAUAAGACAACUUUCAUUGCACUUUUAUUUUUUUUGGCAAUCAAUCUGCGCAUCUUUCCCUGAUCGUUUCAGACCGUCCUGUUCGUGAGUCGUGGCAGGUAUCCGCAUGCGUCGUCCUCAAACAAUUGAUGCCGUGAGCUGUUCUCAGAUUUUUAAAUAGGCUUACCUUUUAUAUUUUAUCUGGACAUGUUAUUUUUCUCAAAGGCCCGCGGCAUUUGAAGGUUGGGCUCCUGUUGAGGGUGGUCAGAGAUAGAGUCACACCACUACGUGUAGUACUGAGAAGAGUGGCCAAGUUCCAAUACACGGACUGGUGUAUCUAGGUAGGGUGGUCCAGCCCAGGCUCCAGGCUAUGCCUCCCUGGCUGUGGGAGAGCUAUUCCAUGCUGAGUUGAAAGGGACCUGCUUGGCUGGGGAAUACGGGAACAGACAUGGGGCUGGGACAGUCCAACAAGGCUCCUGUCACCGAUGACACAGAGGAGAUUAAUUUCGAUCACUUCCAAAUCUUAAGGGCUAUCGGGAAAGGAAGUUUCGGGAAGGUGUGCAUUGUGCAGAAAAAGGACACAAAGAAAAUGUACGCCAUGAAGUACAUGAACAAACUGAAGUGUGUGGAACGGAACGAGGUCCGCAAUGUUUUCAAGGAGAUGCAGAUCAUGCGGAACCUCGAGCAUCCCUUCCUUGUCAACUUCUGGUACUCAUUCCAAGACGAGGAGGACAUGUUCAUGGUAGUGGACCUGUUGCUGGGAGGAGACCUACGCUAUCACCUCCAGCAGAAUGUUCACUUCUCAGAGAACACUGUCAAGCUGUACAUCUGUGAGAUUGCCCUGGCGCUGGGCUACCUCCGCAGCAAACGCAUCAUCCACAGAGACAUCAAACCUGACAACAUUCUGCUGGACGAACACGGACAUUGUCACCUGACAGACUUCAACAUCGCUGCCAUCGUCAAAGACGAUCUAAGAGCCACAUCUAUCGCAGGGACAAAACCAUACAUGGCCCCGGAGCUGUUUCAGCCACACGAGGGGACACAUCCUGGCUACUCCUUCUCUGUGGACUGGUGGUCUCUGGGUGUCACUGCCUACGAGCUGCUGCGAGGACAGAGGCCGUACAUCAUGCGUUCCAGCAUGCCGGCCAAUGAGAUCCUCCAGAUGUUCCACAAGGUCAACCCCAGCUACCCCAUGGCCUGGUCUCUGGAGAUCAAGUCUCUGCUCAGAAAGUUGCUGUGUAUUGACGUGCACCAGCGAGUGUCCUGCCUGGCUGAGCUACAGGAACUGGACCUGCUGUCUGACGUCAACUGGGACUCCGUGCUCAACAAACAGCUUCCCCCCGGCUUCAUCCCCAACAGGCGGAGGCUCAACUGCGACCCCACCUUUGAGUUGGAGGAGAUGAUUCUGGAGUCUAAACCGCUGCACAAGAAGAAGAAGAGACUAGCCAGGAAGACCAGAGAGCAGGGUUCUGACGGGUCCCCCCAGGUAAAGCCUCCCCUAACAACAAACACAUGCCUCUCAAUGGUUCCAUCCAUUCCACAGAGGCGGAGGCUCAACUGCGACCCCACCUUUGAGUUGGAGGAGAUGAUUCUGGAGUCUAAACCGCUGCACAAGAAGAAGAAGAGACUAGCCAGGAAGACCAGAGAGCAGGGUUCUGACGGGUCCCCCCAGAACGGUCAGCUCCAACAGCGCCUGGACAAUGUGGAGAGGGACUUCCUCAUCUUCAACAGAGAAAGGUCAAAGAAGGCUGUAGUGGGAACAGAAGCAACAGGCCUCACCACGACAGAGAAGAACAAGGCUAUUGAAGACGGACAGAACAAUAACGUGGACCCGGCAGCCUACAUAUCAGGAUAGUGGACUACGGCUUUAGCCCGAAGUCGCUACGUGUAUCUGGCCGCAGCUUGUAGAUCAACACCCAAUCUCCCACUCUCCCUCUGCCGCCGGCCGGUGUAGGCACUCAGAUUGACCUUUAACCCUGACACAUUCCCCAACAGCCAGCCACUAUACCCAGACUGCUGGAGGUCACAUAGACUACUACUUUACAGAGUGAGUGGCACCUGACCUAGAGCAGACAGACAGACCCUGGCUCGUUCUUCUUUUCCUAGCCCAGGGAUGUGGCCUCUCAGUGGUCACCCCUUCUUACACUCUGCCCUACCCUGACUUGGUCUGACUUGGCCUGAUGCACCAUGAUGCCCUGGAGCUCCCCUCCCUCCACCAAGUCAGCCAGGCCCAGAAAAUAAUUUGCCUGCCAACCCAGCAGGAAGCAGAGACAGACAGGAUACAGCCACCAUGCCUGAUAAGCUGAGGCUAGGCUCAGUUCAGGAAGAAAAUGAAGCCUGAUGUUGACAAAUAGGAUACUAUGUCUCCAGUACAUGAAAACAGAGAAAGGGGGUGUAAGUUGCCUCACAAAAAAAUGAAUAAUAAUUAGAGAUGAGAUAUACUGCCUUUGUUUUCAAGACACCAACCACAUAUUCCUCUUGGAAUACAAAGGGAACCACUGACUUCAGCAGAGACAGAGUUUACUUAAUGAGUCUCUGUGAUGACGUUAGGCAUCACUUGUGCCUCUCAAGCAAACCAAGAUGAUGGGUACUUGACAUGGACAUUUGGGAUAUAAAUAUUUAUAGAUAAAUAGAUAUUUAUUGUCUGUUCCGCACAGAAAAUAGCUUUGCACACGCUUCUCCAUUAAUCGUAGAGGUCAAAGUGUAGUGUAUGAAUUGUCAUUCUCUUCUGUUUAAUAUAGGGGUGCCGUAUAGCUACUACUGUAUAUGACACCUGAUUGGUUUCCCCAUGCAGACAAUGAUCAUCAUAUAUGUAGUCUAAUUGAAGUCACCAUCCUGUUGUUCAAUAUGUGCUUGGAAAAUAGCUUUGCCAGUCUUUUGACCCUUUCUGCAAUACAAUGACAUAUUAUCCAAGGCUUUCCCUGUCCCAGGUUAUCAGAUCUCCUAUUGGCACCUUUAUAACAACCAUUAUCGGUCCAGAUAUUCUAAUUAUUGUAGGUUUUGAUAAAUGUAUGUCAUUCAAGGGCCCAAUGAAAGCAGAGUUGUAAAAUGAGUACUCUAUUUUGGUUUUUCAUUUGUUGUCACUGUGUGGACUAUUACCUGUAAAUGUGGUCAAGCAGCGAUUAUAAAAGUUGUGCCUUAAUGUAAUACUUUUCUUUGGGACCCCAACCUUAUUAUUUUAUUAAAUACACAAAAUGAGCAGUUAGGUAACAUCUGGGAAUUCAUAAGGAAAAGUUCACAAGUGUUUUUUUUUUUGCUAUUGAAAAGUAGUUACCUAACUAACUGCUUGUUUGUUUGUUUUUCUUUGAAUAAAUAGCCAGAUAAGAACUGUGGCCUUGUGUGGAUUUAGCAACAGUUGGAGGCAUUGUUUAAAAAGACUGAAAAACAUCAUUGUAAAAGAGAAAAAAAGAGUUGCAUUCAUCUCCUCCUGUGCAGACUGCCUUGGGUCAUACCACAGCACUUCCCAAUCCUAUUACCUGGAGCUGUGCCCCUAUAUAUGGAGUAUAGUGGUUAUGCUGGGUAUGGGGCGGCAGGGUAGCCUAGUGGUUGGACUAGUAACCGGAAGGUUGCAAGUUCAAACUGAGCUGACAAGGUACAAAUAUGUCGUUCUGCCACUGAACAGGCAGUUAACCCACUGUUUCUAGGCCGUCAUUGAAAAUAAGAAUUUGUUCUUAACUGGCUUGCCUAGUUAAAUAAAGGUAAAAUAAAAAAUAAAAUAAAUAAAAAUAUGGAGUAUAGUGGUUAUGAUGGGUCUGUACCUCUAUAUGGAGUAUAGUGGUUAUGAUGGGUCUGUACCUCUAUAUGGAGUAUAGUGGUUAUGAUGGGUCUGUACCUCUAUAUGGAGUAUAGUGGUUAUGAUGGGUCUGUACCUCUAUAUGGAGUAUAGUGGUUAUGAUGGGUCUGUACCUCUAUAUGGAGUAUAGUGGUUAUGGUGGGUCUGUACCUCUAUAUGGAGUAUAGUGGUUAUGAUGGGUCUGUAUCUCUAUAUGGAGUAUAGUGGUUAUGGCGGGUCUGUACCUCUAUAUGGAGUAUAGUGGUUAUGAUGGGUCUGUACCUCUAUAUGGAGUAUAGUGGUUAUGGUCCUAGAGGGGAAGUCAAGAGCAUACCAAUCACACUACUGACUGAGUGGGAAUCAUCAUCUCCUGGAGCACAUAGAGAGAGGAUGAGAGAGAAAAGGAGGGGGGAUUGAGAGAGAUAUAUGGGGGAGAGAGAGUGGAGAAAAGAGAAAGGAGAAAGGACAGAGAGGAGGUGUUGAGAGAAAGCGGCAGAGAGAGGGAUGGGUGAGAGAGGGAGGGAGAAGGAGAGUUGUGUACAUAACCUGUGAAAACAAGGUGAUGAGUUUGCCAGAGAAAUAGCUCAGAGGGUUAUUAACCCUCAACUACACUAGACCUGUCAUUGAAGGUUAAACACUAGACCUGUCAUUGAAUGUUAAACACUAGACCUGUCAUUGAAGGUUAAACACUAGACCUGUCAUUGAAGGUUAAACACUAGACCUGUCAUUGAGGGUUAAACACUAGACCUGUAGUUGAGGGUUAAACGCUAGACCUAUAGUUGAGGGUUAAACACUAGACCUGUCAUUGAGGGUUAAAUGCUAGACCUGUCAUUGAGGGUUAAACACUAGACCUGUCAUUGAGGGUUAAACACUAGACCUGUCAUUGAGGGUUAAACACUAGACCUGUCAUUGAGGGUUAAACACUAAACCUUUAGUUGAGGGUUAAAUGCUAGACCUGUCAUUGAGGGUUAAAUGCUAGACCUGUCAUUGAGGGUUAAAUGCUAGACCUGUCAUUGAGGGUUAAACACUAGACCUGUCAUUGAGGGUUAAACACUAGACCUGUCAUUGAAGGUUAAACACUAGACCUGUCAUUGAGGGUUAAACACUAGACCUGUCAUUGAGGGUUAAACACUAGACCUGUCAUUGAGGGUUAAACACUAGACCUGUCAUUGAGGGUUAAACACUAGACCUGUCAUUGAGGGUUAAACACUAGACCUGUCAUUGAGGGUUAAACACUAGACCUGUAGUUGAGGGUUAAACGCUAGACCUGUAGUUGAGGGUUAAACACUAGACCUGUCAUUGAGGGUUAAAUGCUAGACCUGUAGUUGAGGGUUAAACACUAGACCUGUCAUUGAGGGUUAAAUGCUAGACCUGUCAUUGAGGGUUAAACACUAGACCUGUCAUUGAGGGUUAAAUGCUAGACCUGUCAUUGAGGGUUAAAUUCUAGACCUGUCAUUGAGGGUUAAACACUAGACCUGUCAUUGAGGGUUAAACACUAGACCUGUCAUUGAGGGUUAAACACUAGACCUGUCAUUGAGGGUUAAAUUCUAGACCUGUCAUUGAGGGUUAAACACUAGACCUGUCAUUGAGGGUUAAACACUAGACCUGUCAUUGAGGGUUAAAUUCUAGACCUGUCAUUGAGGGUUAAACACUAAACCUUUAGUUGAGGGUUAAAAGCUAGAAUUAAUGAUGGCAGAUAGAUAAAUAAAUUCCAUCUCUAUGCUUGGUGUGUGAUCAAUGUUCUAUUAUGUACUGCAAUGAAACACUGCCGCCUGGUGUUUGUGAGUAGUGUACUUAAACACAUUUUACCUUGGCAUCAAGGGCAGUUUAUUUAGUCCCUGCCAACAGUAGACUGAGAAAACAGGAUUUAGUUGUACUCAGAUGUCAAAGACGUGAAAUGAAAUAUGGUGUUUACAAAAAUCCUUUCACCUUUAAUUUAUUUAUGUCUAUGCUAAUCCAGUAAUCUAUUUCAAAUAAAGAUGAGGAUAAGAAAA